UCGUAACAACAACUGUGAAAGUUGCUAUAGAGGAAUUAAAAUUCUCACUCUGAAUUCUUUUACAUCUCAAAAAUAUAGAAAAUCGAAAACUCAAAGAAUGACAAAAGUUUUUAAAUGUCUGACAAAUUUAACCACUUAAAAUAUUUUGUCACAAUUCUUCUUUGUUUGGAAAUACUGGCUGGGUCAAUUCUUCUAUGCAUAAUAACAUACUUUUACUUCGUCCUUAUAGCCUUUUUGGCAAAACCAGAGCGUCAAUUGCUUCUUAGUCAAAUGACCAAUAUUUUUGUCCUGGGCCUGGAAGUUGCGAUAUGUUUCUCAAUUGAACUUAUUUUAUGGCAAUGCAUUUGUAAAAGUGAUACAACAUCAGAACAUUCAAGACUGCUGAUUUUAUGGAAUAUAUUUUGUAUUUUGGCUGUUGGAUUUGGAUCUGUUACAAUGUGGUUUCAAUACGACAAUAUUCAGUCUCUUCAAAAAGUUUAUGCAGAGUCAUUGUUCCAAGGAAUCGACCUUUAUUUUACAGACCCAGAAUGGAAGCUAUUGUGGGAUAGGAUUCAAUUUAACAAUGAAUGCUGUGGUGUUUUUGGAGUAAAAGAUUGGGAAGAAGCAGCUUGGAUUAGAGAAGAACAGGAUGAUUGUACACAAAAAUCCGAGUUGAUGCAUCGAAUGGUGAUGAUUCCGUAUGCUUGCUGCAAACGAUCUUCUAUCUCAUGUUUUGAAAGCUUUGCUCCUCACUCUACACUUGACAAGGACAACUACAAAGAUUUAAGUAACAUAAAUGUCGGUGGAUGUUUUCAGAAAUUUCAAAGUUUAACAUUGCAAUUUUCUUAUGUUGUUUCCUGUGCAUGGAUUGCUAUUCUAGUGACAUACAAAUAUCCAAGAAAUGUCCGUUGCAUUACGCUUAAAGAUGAGGAUUCAUUUGGGGAUGAACAGGAGGAAGAAGUAAUAGAAUGUAAACCAAGAUGUUCUAAUUGCCAACAAAUUGGGGCAUCAUUUCGGCAAGACAUUUUUGGAACUUGCAACUCAAAUCAAAAUAUAUUUAUUCAUUAA